UUAUAUCAUGUCCCACGCAGGAUUUACGUGAGAAAAAAAUACAAGCCCCGGCAACCUCUCGCUCUCCGGUCAGAAAGUUGUAACAAAAAUGGCGCGACGUUUGGGAGAGGUAACGACUAUCAUCUAAUUGAAUUCUUUAUUUUCUAUCUUCAUUAAUUAUUUAAUGAAACCAAACCAUAACAUAGGCGUUGCUGUCUUGAGUCACUUUAAAGAUAGAGCACACAGUGAACGUUGUCGGAUAUAUUUAUUUAACGUUAGCUAGCUGGAAUGCUUUUUCAUCAGCUGUUGAGAUGUGCCCAGCGUGUUGGGGAGUCAUCUAGGGUUGUCAGUGGACUCUUCUCCCAUUGUACCCGGACCUCCGUGAAUACUUUCUCCACCUCCAAUGUCUCUCCAGCACGCAAGAAAAGCAGUCCAUACAGUUCCGUGGACAGCGGACGCUACUCCUCACUCUUCAAGUCAGUUGUGUCCCACAGAGUCAGUGCUCAAACUCCCGACAUCAUAGAGGAGCAAGAUGUUCAAAUCUACGGACCUGUGAUAAAAUCCCCAACACCAUCUAAUCGAAACACAACACCUUCCAAAAUGCCUAAAAUCCUCCACCCGUUGCUCAACCAAGACCGGGUAUUUGAUUUUGGCGAAACUGAGCUUGGAGGGUCUCCAGCCAGAAUUAUCCUACGGAGAGGUCAGGACAGGGGCUCAGUGCCCAGUGUGACCCGUAUCCUACAGGAGACUAUGUCCCCAGAGCAACAGUUUUACCUGGAGAGAUGGAGGAGGAAGAUGAUAGCUCAACUGGGAGAGGAUGGCUUUAAGGAAUACAGUCAGAAUCUCUUCAGGCAAGGGAAGCUUUUCCAUACGGCCGUGGAGAGUGUUCUCCCGUUGACAACAAAGGAGGUACCGGGGGAAGAUCCUGAGGAGGUACCAGAGAUGCCAUUGGAGGUAGAGGGAUACAUGGAAAGUGUACGCCAUGUACUGGAGGACGUUAGGGGAGUGAGAGCCAUCGAGAGCCGUGUACAACAUGAAAAACUAGGCUAUCUGGGGAUUGUGGACUGUGUGGCUCUCUACAGGGGUGUGCUGUGUGUGAUCGAUUGGAAGACAUCGGAGAGGUCUAAACCUUUCCUCAGCAACACCUACGACAACCCUCUACAGGUGGCAGCCUACGUUGGGGCCUUAAACAACGACGUGAACUACAACUACCAGGUUGAGAAUGGACUGAUAGUGGUGGCCUAUAAAGAUGGUUCCCCAGCCCAUCCUCAUCGACUGAGCUCAGACCAGGUGCUACAGUACUGGGAGAGAUGGCUGGUACGACUGGAGGAGUACACCGAGAGGAGGUGAAGGAGUGGUGUCUUUGCUGCUUGAUGUAGCAGAUGGGACCUAGAAGUACUCUCACCCCCAGAUACAGAAAGUACCUUGGCUUUUCUGACACUCGGUCACAUUUGACUGGUGACUUGGACAAAGGAGUGUCGCAGUCUGCUCAGAAACAGACAAUUUAGCAUGUUUUACUCUUGACCUGUGACAGUCUUUUUUCAUUGCCCGAUUUUGAGCUUGACAAGUUUGAAAACAGUUCUUAUUUUAGUGUAGUGUUGUGUUAUCUCAAGGUUGUAGUCAAGCUAGAAAAUACACCACUUACACUGUGUUGAGAAUGUUAAAUUGUUGUACAGUACAACAUUUUGUCUAGUCUAAACUUUUUGAGUUGUUUUGCUUUUAAAGUAUAAAACAUCACAUCUGAGGAAAUCGAACCACUAGGUGGUAGCAUCAGCCUGUGAAAAGUUCAGCAAUCAACUAACAAAGGUGAACGAAAGAUGGUUUCUAUUUUUAGUUUUAUACAAUAAAACGAUUUAAAAGAA